AUGGCUGCGGCUAUAGCCAGCUCCUUGAUUCGGCAGAAGCGGCAGGCGAGGGAGUCCAACAGCGACCGGGUGUCGGCCUCCAAGCGCCGCUCCAGCCCCAGCAAAGACGGGCGCUCCUUGUGCGAGAGGCACGUCCUCGGGGUGUUCAGCAAAGUGCGCUUCUGCAGCGGCCGCAAGAGGCCGGUGAGGCGGAGACCAGAACCCCAGCUGAAAGGAAUUGUGACAAGGUUAUUCAGCCAGCAGGGAUAUUUUCUGCAGAUGCACCCGGAUGGUACCAUUGACGGGACCAAGGACGAAAACAGCGACUACACUCUCUUCAAUCUAAUUCCUGUGGGCCUGCGUGUGGUGGCCAUCCAAGGGGUGAAGGCUAGCCUCUAUGUGGCCAUGAAUGGUGAAGGCUAUCUCUACAGCUCAGAUGUUUUCACGCCAGAAUGCAAAUUUAAGGAAUCUGUGUUUGAAAACUACUACGUGAUCUAUUCUUCCACACUGUACCGUCAGCAAGAAUCAGGCCGAGCGUGGUUUCUGGGACUCAAUAAAGAAGGUCAAAUUAUGAAGGGGAACAGAGUGAAGAAAACCAAGCCCUCAUCACAUUUUGUACCAAAACCUAUUGAAGUGUGUAUGUACAGAGAGCCAUCACUCCAUGAAAUUGGAGAAAAACAAGGGCGCUCGAGGAAAAGUUCUGGAACACCAACCAUGAAUGGAGGCAAAGUCGUGAAUCAAGAUUCAGCAUAGCUGAGAACUCUUUCCUUCUUCCCUUUCUCAUCCCUUCCCUGUCUUUCCCUCCCCUUUACCCAUUCCCUUCCAAUAAAUCCACCCACGAGAGGAAAAGAAAAUGGCAACGCAGGACCUAGUGGCUAAGAUUCUGCUCUCAAAAUUUCCUUUGUGCAGGACAAGAAGAUGGAACCCAAGCUUGCCUGUUGCAAUGUGGUAGAAGCGUACCUGCCCAAAAAUUAGCACACAAAAAGCAAAGGCAAAAAAAUAAAUAAAUAGGACUCCACAAGUAUUUUCAAGUAAACUGGUCUGUUAUUAACUGAGGGCUAACUGUAACAAAGAUAUAACUAUAACAAUGAUGAAAUAAAGUUAGUAUCUUCAAUGAAAGGGUUUUGGAGAAUUGAACUUACCAAUCGAUGUAAUACCCUAAAGAGCUUAAAUUCUCGAUAAUGCUGUGAUGUGUGGCUUUGUUUUACUUUGUAUUUCCUUUGGGCAUCUGCAAAUUGACACACAAUUAUAUCCUGUGUCUAGGAUUUUUUUUUCCUUAAAAUUGGAUGUGUAUGAAUUGUAGAAUCUCAUAAUGCCUUUAAGGCUUAUAUAUAACCCGGAACCAUUUAACACCAAGAAAAGUUUAAAAAAAAUUAUUCUUGAAGCUGUUAUUUUUGUUGUAUGCAAAAGGAUAGUCUCGUAUUGAAUCUAAUGGUAUUAGCAGACUUUA